UGAGAGAGAAAAGGGAAGGAGGGAAAUGUAACAAGACGGACAGCAGUCUGAGUCUGUGCAGUCCCAGACAAAAAACACUCUCUCAAUCACAACAACAUAUACUUACAUUAUACUUACAUACAUCACGGACACACACACAGACACGCACUGUAGGUGGGGUGAUAAUACAACUAGUCCUACUGUUCUGACUUGCAAGAACAAGAAUAAAAAUGAACCCCCCAUUUAUUGAUUCCUCUUCAGCUUUUGCUUUUUAAUGCUUCACUUCCAAACUCUCAUCAACUACAAACCCUCUCUCUCUCUCUCUCUCUCUCUCUCCACAUUUAAGAUGAGAUGGCUCUACUGCAAAUGAUGGCUCACACUCAUAACAACAAUAAUAAUACUCAUACUGAUGACAUUGCUCAAGAUGUGAAGCCUACUGUUUUUCAUGAUUUUUUAAGUAAAGGGUCAGAUUUGUUGCCGCCGGCCGGUGCUGCUCCGCCGGCUUCUGCCGCCUCUUCUGGUGGGCCCCGUGGACCCAUCUCAUCAACUUCUGAUCUGGCUUCUGAAAAAGAUGCUGGAAAUCAUUACGAGGGGGUGCCAUUUUAUGGGCUAAGAAGGGAUCUCACUGGACCAGAGAUAGCUAGUAGGUUUACCAGAAACAAGCGAAGUAGCUUAGAAAGCGGCUACUUGGGGUCAUCAAGAGAUGUGUUGCAGCAAAUGCAGCCUCACUCUUUAGAGACCUCACAUAUAAUGAAGAUGUUCCGAGGCACUGGAGGACCUAGACGGCCCCAAGAUGAGGAAGCAUUUCUUGGUAUGCAUCCAACAAGACCGACCUCUGACUCUCUUGUGUUGCAACAAGCCACCAGUGCUAGAGCUGAUGUGAACGCUUCAAAAUGGGAGCGAGCUACUCCAAUUAGUGUUGGCCCGGUACUGCCAUAUUCUUCACUGAAAGGUCAAGUUGUUCCUUUUGGGUAUCAACACCUAUCAACUAGAUUCAAAGACUCCAAUGUAGGCCCCUCAAUUUUUCAUCAAGCUGCUGAUGAAGGAUCAAGAACUGGAAUGAAGGGUUCAGGUAUUUUGAGUUCUAUCAAUGUCAGUGGAGGAACUUCAGACAGAAAUGCACCUAGUGCUAGCAACCAGAAUUCAGGUAAUCGAAUAGCUGAGACAGAGUCAUCUACAAAUCAACAAGGGGAAGCAUUAGUUAGUCGCCAGAUGACCAUCUUUUAUGGUGGUCAAGCCCAUGUGUUUGAUGAUGUUCACCCGAACAAGGCCGACGUUAUAAUGGCCUUAGCUGGUUCAAAUGGAGGAUCUUGGUCCACAGAUUUCACACAAAAUUCUACUAUUAGGCCACCCCCUACCGAAAUAGAACUUCCUGGUACUGAGAAUGAAACAGGCAUGGCUAUAAACUCUGUAUUUCCGAGGGAGUUCCGUCACAGGUUUUCGAUGACUGGGAAUUCCAGUCAUGGGAUCGUGUCUAGCAACCAAACGCCAUUUUCCCCAGGAUCUCAUGGAGGAAGUUUAGUAGUGAAAGAUUUGAAGGACCUGAAUCAAGUGGCAGAACCUAGUGGUGAAAAGAGAAAACAUGAGUUAUAGAAACUGCAAUAUGCAUCUGCUAAUAGUAUUAUAUGAGUUCACUUGAGAAGAUAUGUUGUAAGCUUCACUAUAUAUUACCAAUCAUUGUUGUCCUUCACAUACCUUGAAACUUCCUUUCUUCAGGUUUUGGAUUAUGUAUUCUUGUUAGUUAGA